UCAUUUCCGCCGGAUGUUGUUUUGUCGCUUCAUGGAGUGUCAUGGCGGCUUGUAGGACGCUUGUGAGUCGCGGUGUGUUGACGCUUGGGCUUCAUUAUCGACAUGUUUGUAGAAGUGUCCUGGUCACACAGAGCAGAGAGAAGAAGCGAUGGAUGAAGGCCUACACUCUGCUCAUGGAGAGGAAGAGGAGACUCGAAGGUCUUCCGCCUCCAACGCCACGCUCCCAGCAGCCUAACUGGGAUUAUCAUGCUGAGGUGGAGGCGUUCAGUGCCCGGCUGAAGGAGCAUUUCUCUACCGACCUCCUGAAGAUGGCGUUCGUGAACCCCUGCUACGUCCGCUCCGAGGAAGAGAGACGCCGCUCGUUAGGUCUGGAUGCUGUGAGCACAGCGCUAAACCUCAGAGACAAUGCAGAGCUGCAGGAACAUGGGCGUAACUUCACGCUGGGUUUUCUCGCGGAUUGGUGCAGGGGAACCUUCCCCAGUCUGCCGGAAGACGGUGUAGCAGCCAUCGUGUGUCACCUAACUGGGUUGGAGGUCAUGUGUUACGUGGCUCGGAACCUGGCGGUGGAGGAACUGGCGAUGACGGCGGAGUUCCCUGUUCCGGAUGACAUCCUCCGGGAGACGUUCUUUGCUGUGAUUGGUGCGCUGGAGCAGAGCAGUGGCUCAGAGAGGGCGGGGCUUUUCAUCAGGGACUUCCUGGUGACGCAGCUGAUAGGGAAGGACCUGUUUGACAUGUGGAAAGUGGUGAACCCCAUGGGGAUAUUAGUGGAGGAGCUGAGCCGCAGAGGAGCAUCACUCCCCGAGCCACGCCUCAUCCAGUCCUCGGGGGCCAGCACCGUUCUCCCGCUCUACUUCGUUGGACUUUACUGUGAUAAGAAGCUGCUGGCUCACGGGCCUGGUGAGACACUGUCAGCAGCGGAGGAGGAGGCAGCACGCGUGGCUCUGAGGAAACUCUUCGGCUACACGGAAAACCGCAAACCACUCGACUUCUCCACAAAACAGGAGCAGCCUGAAACAUCAGCAGUGAAGCAGGCGGUCAGCAGAGGAUAAACACACACACACACACACACACACACACACACACACACACACACGUGCGCUCUGUCGUCUGUCUGUUUUUCACCAGGGGAAUAACAUCUGCUGCUUUAGUCUCUUCAAACGUCUCUGUCUGAAGUAAAUUUGGACGGUCUGGUUUAGGGAGCGGUGUGGAACACAUACUUCCACUCGGUUUCUAACGAGAUCAGGAGAAAAAACACAACACUUGAGUGUAAAUGUUGUUGUUUGGUUUUGUUUUUUUUUUUUUUAAA